CGGUGCCCGUGCCCCGCGUGCUCCGGUGCGCGCUGGCCGCGGAAGCCCCUCUCCCCUCGCAGGACCCCGCACCGAAGCCGCGGGGAAAGGAUUUCCUCGCCCAGUACGGUGUAUUAAAGUAGGAAGGAAAAUGGAUGCUGCUUUCGGAAGCCUAAGGUGCUCUGUGGCAGUGCUGGAGCUGCGUGCAGCACAGUGACCUUACAGGAGCGAAGUUGGAGCUCUUGGGGAGGUGCUGAUGCCAGUAAGAGCGAUUCAAGUGACUGACAGGGCAGGUGAUGCACACAGAGGAGAAAGAGCAUCCCACAGCACAGCUACAGAACCGAGCACUUCCCCCGUGAAACCACCUGAGAGCUUGGGUGCUUUCGUACACAUCCUGUGAAGAACAAAUGUCUUCGGAAGGCAAAGCUGCAACAAACAGAAAGCAGAGGGGCUCUGGGUCUUGAGCCCCAAACUACUGCGGGAUUGAGGGACCGGGGGCAGAUCUCAAGGCAGGAUUAACAGAGCUGAGAACAUGCACAGAGCCAAGUAAAACUUCGAACAAAAUAGGAUUAGAGUUUGCUGCCAUAAAUGAGGAAAAGGAAGAUGUCAGCUUAAGAGGCUUGGACUCCUGUAACACCUAAACCAAAGCCGGCGCUUCAUUGCCCUCUGAAACCUGUCGCAUCCUGCUGCAGAUGACACCCCCCUGCCGCAACCGGUAGCUGCAGCGCGUGGUGAAUGCCUGAAGGGACUCCUCCUGUGCCUGGCUCCCAGUGCAGCUCUCAUGGCCUGCGAUGAACCCGCUGCUCUCUCGGGCAUCCUCACGCGGCAGAACUCCUCCAGCGCCGCCUCCCUGGACUCCCAGCCCGAUGCUGACUACACGUUUGUGGAAGCCUUGGAGGAGCGGUACAAGUGCGCCUACUGCCACCUCGUCCUUCGCAACCCGCACCAGACGGGCUGCGGGCACCGCUUCUGCCAGCAGUGCAUCCUGGCUUUGAGAGAACUGAGCGCAGUACCCACCUGUCCUGUCGACAAAGAGACAAUAAAAAUGCAUGAGGUAUUCAAAGACAACUGCUGUAAAAGAGAAGUUCUCAACUUGCACGUGUUCUGCAAAAACACUCCUAACUGCAACUCGAAAAUCAUGCUGGGACGGUACCAGGAGCAUCUUCAGCGGUGUUUGUUUGAAAGCGUGCCGUGCACUAACGAUGGAUGCUGUGACCAAGUUCUUCGGAAAGAUUUGGAAGAGCACUUGAGCCAGCACUGCAAAUUCCGAGAAGAGAUGUGUCAGUACUGUAACAAAUGUGUGCUGUUGCUUAACAUCAAGAAUCAUGAGAAAAAUGACUGUCCUGAUUAUCCUGUGCCUUGUCUCCACAAUUGUUCCCAAAUCAUUCUGAAAAAAGAGACUGAAAAGCACCACGCUGUGUGUCCCGAGGUGGAAGUGGACUGUCCCUAUAGGCAGUACGGCUGUCUUGUAAAGGUUAAAAGAGGGAAACUUGCUGAACAUGAGAACGGUGCCCUGAGGGAGCACAUCCUGCAGAUCUUAGACAAGAACUCCCAGUUGGAAGAGCAGAUAACUGACCUGUAUAAGAGCCUGGAAUGCAAAGAGAUUAAAAUCCAGCAGCUAGCAGAGGCCAUUAAAAAGUGUGAGAAAGAACUGAGACAGUUUACACAACUGCUUGGUAAAAAUAGCAACUUGAUGGCUUUGGCCAGUCACCUGGAUAAAUCUGCACGCCUGGAGUCGCAAGUGAAACAGCUAAUACAGACGGCAAACCAGCAGCAAAGCAAAUUAGACUUGCAGCCUCUGUUCAACAUGAUUGAGAAUGUAAAACAGAAGAUUGCCCUGAUGGAGACAUACGAUCAGCGCUUGGUUGUUUUGGAAGGCCAGUCCAGCAAACACGAUCUCCAGAUCAACAUUCACAAAGCACAGCUCAAUAAAAACGAAGAACGCUUUAAGCUUUUGGAAGGCACGUGCUACAAUGGGAAAUUAAUCUGGAAAAUCACAGACUACAAGACGAAGAAGAAGGAAGCAGUGGAAGGCCGCGUCCUCUCCAUAUUCAGCCAGCCCUUCUACACCAGCCGCUGCGGGUACCGGCUGUGUGCGAGAGCCUACCUGAACGGGGAUGGCUCAGGGAAGGGAACGCACGUCUCCUUCUACUUUGUAGUGAUGAGAGGGGAGUUCGAUUCGCUGCUACUGUGGCCUUUCAAGCAAAAAGUCACACUUAUGCUUUUGGACCAAAGUGGGAAAAAAAAUCACAUUGUGGAAGUCUUUCGAGCCGACCCCAACAGCAGCAGCUUCAAAAGGCCGGAUGGAGAGAUGAAUAUUGCCUCCGGGUGCCCACGCUUCGUGCCACACGCGGUCCUGGAGAACACAAAGAACACCUACAUCAGAGAUGACACUCUCUUUCUGAAAGUGGUUGUGGAUUUAACUGAUCUGGAGGAACUGUGAAAAGUGCUCCUGGUCAGUGUGACUGUUUUAACCAACAAGGAAUGUUUUCUUGGUGACCACCAGCCAUGCGAUACUGAACUGCCACUAGUCAAGACACCGAUACUGUUUUGAGGCUUCUGGAUUGCAUAACAGACAAUAAAUUGCCAAAGCAUCAGACUUCCUUCCCUUUUAUAACCCUUUUUUCCAGACCGUGUUUUCCAGGCAGCUGGAAGUCCGGUUUGAUGCAACAUGCAUUCGAUCCACUCUUGGCUCAGUCCAAGCUAGGGGCAAUCCUUGGCUCCCAUCACCAGACUGGCAUUUGGAGAUGAAACUCCUCCAGCAAGCUCCGUGGAACCCAAGCAGGCCUGUGGGCUCCCGUCCCUCACACAGAACUGAAGCCAUACCCAUGCAUGCAACUGCAUUUCACCUGUCUGAAACGGAAGCAUUUCAACAUCAGCACAUUUGAAUCAAAGUACCUUGAUCCCUCCAUCUCCUGGAUUUUUGCACCUUUUCUUGUUGUAACUGUGUUUUCCAGAAAGCCCAGAGGAAGAUGCCAAUGCCUCUUACUUUUCUAGCCUGGUAUCUCAGCUGUAUAGAGUACUCCCAGCUCACAAUAGCUUUGUUAUGUCCUUUCCAUUCCUGCCUAGUGCCUUGGGACUGAUUUCCACUGGUGUUAAAUAUCUACAGUCCCCACUGAAGUCAAAAGAAGCUGCAGGUGCUUCUCACCUCUCAGGACAUGACCAGAAGCAGGGUCCUUGGCCAGCUGGGCAAAGAGGAGCAAAACUCCUGUACUUUUGCUUCCCCAUCUGCACAAACGAGAUGUUUUCUGGCUCACCAUCUCUUCAAAAGACAGGAAAAGCUUUGGAUAUCUGCUUAGAAAAAGCCCAUGUAACAUGCACUGUUUCCCUCUGCUAGGAAUUCAGAUGUUUGGGAAAGAAGGGAGAACAUGGUUUAUAAGUGAGGCUGCUGUAAGAACCCCAUUCUCACAGGCUGGGCAGCUCUAGCGUUAGUUAAAGGGCGAGACAGCCACUGAGUAACAACUGAUGACUAUGAAGCA